AUGAAGGAUUUCUAAUUAGUAUAACAUGUUUUAGCGCUUUCAGAUAAUGAAUUUCAAAAUAGUAGAAUUUAAUUAAAAGAUACAGGAAAUAACAAAAUAUGCUCAGCAACUUUAAGUAAUAAUACUUAAUAUUAUUAAUGUUUUGAUUGUUGUAAAGAGCCUAAUCAUGUUUAUUGUUAAGAAUGCUUUAUGCCAGAAAAACAAUAAAUUAUUACUAUUUUCAUUCUUACAUUAGAUCAUGUAGUGACAUAUGAUUAUUUAAAAUUUGGAUUUUGUGAUUGUGGAGAUGUAGUAAAAUCAUUAUUUUUAUUAAUUAAUAAAUAUUUAUCAAUUCUACACUGA